AUGGAGAACACCACUACAGUGAAUGAGUUUCUUUUAUUGGGAUUGACCUGUAUUGAAGAAUUGCAACCUGUAAUUUUCGUGACUUUUCUCAUCCUAUAUCUGAUAAACCUGCUUGGAAAUGGGGCCAUAUUAGUGGUUGUCAUCUCAGAGCCAAGACUCCACUCACCUAUGUAUUUUUUCCUGGGAAAUCUUUCUUGUCUGGAUAUCUGCUGUUCUUCGGUGACACUGCCCAAGCUCAUGUCAAAUCUUCUCUCCACUCGCAAGGCCAUAUCUUUCCUAGGUUGUAUCACUCAGCUGCACUUCUUCCACUUUCUGGGCUGCACUGAGGCCAUCUUGCUGACCAUCAUGGGCUUUGAUCGAUUUGUGGCCAUCUGCUAUCCACUACGGUACACUGUCAUCAUGAACCGCCAGUUGUGUGUUUUGUUGGCAGCUGUUGCCUGGCUCACCAGCUUCUUUUAUGCUCUGAUGCAUUCUGUCAUGACUGCACGCCUGAAUUUUUGCCACUCUCAGAAACUUAAAUACUUUUUCUGUGAUAUAAAGCCCCUUUUGGAAUUGGCAUGUGGUGACAUUCAGCUGAAUCAGUGGCUCAUUUUCAUUGUCACUUGCAGCUUGGCUAUGGCAGCUUGCUUCCUCACUCUACUCUCCUACUUGUACAUUAUUAGCUUCCUUCUGUUCAAGAUCAAGUCCUUCAGUGUCCUCCACAAAGCUCUGUCCACUUGUGCCACCCAUUUCAUGGUGGUAUCUCUCUUUUAUGGAGCUGUGGGCCUCACUUACAUUCCCCUUACCUUUGCCUCCUCUGUAAUACAGGAACGGUUUGUGGCCAUCAUACACACUACUGUGACCCCAGUGCUGAAUCCACUAAUAUACACCCUUAGGAAUAAGGAAGUGAUGUUGGCCCUCAGGAAAGUCUUUGGGAGGAGCUAUUUGCCUAAAGAUGGCCAGUGGCAACACUAG